AUGGCCGCAGAUCUUGUCAUGGCCAACGUAGAGGAACGAGCAGCGUCUGCCUCAGUCUCCAGUUGCUCCACGUCGGUGGUGGAGCUAAGGUAUGUGGACAACUGCAACGUACGUUUGAUGAGAACAGACGCAGACCUUCUCCACCAGCAUCUGAACUCUAUUGACGGUAACAUCCAAUUCACAAUAGAGUGCGCAUGUCAGACUAACAAGGGUCAGAGUAUUUCCUUUUUGGACUCACGAAUAACCGUGUUGAGCGAUGGUUCCAUAGCGACUGAUGUUAACAGAAAAUCAACCCAAACCCGCAACACAGGCAACACAAGGAAGCUGCCGCGGUGGAAACACUCUUCAACGGGAGCCAGCCUCUUCUUCCCUCCGCGUCCUGUACUAAGAACGGAAGAGCGGGAAUGCGUUUUAAACGAUUUAAAAGCGAGUGGUUAUCCUGGUAGUCUGUUAAGGAAAUAUACUCACAACAAGGCUGAGAGGCCACUGGGGUUUGUGAUCCUUCUUUACGUAAAAGGCGCAUCUGAUCGCGUGGGCGGCGUCGUCCGAAAAUCUCACGUUCGGCAUGGCAGCCUUGAGGCCAGUGAGAACACUGGGUCACAUAUUUAA